UCUCCCACCCCAUAUCUCUCUAACUCUCCAUUUUCAGUCUUGAUAAUACUAAUAACUAACCAAACAUAUUUUCAUUGCAUUUGUAUUACUACAAACCAAACAUGGCAAAAGGUGGAAAGCUAAUGAAGCUAAAAUCAGCACUCAAAAAAUGGAACUCAUUUGGAAACGGAAAACAGAGCCGUCACAGCAUCAGCGCCGUCGCCGACGAAGACUCAUCGUCUUCAAGAUCCGACCUCCACACCGUCUUCGUAGGAAAGUCUCGCCGCCUCUACCGUGUCACCUCCGACGUUGUUGACAACCCUGUCUUCCGUGAACUCGUUGAAAGGUCCCGUGAAACAGAACAACAAAACGACACUGUCAAUGUUGUUGCUUGUGAGGUUGUCCUUUUCGAACAUUUGUUAUGGAUGCUUGAAAAUGCUGAUCCUCAACCUGAAUCUCUUGAUGAACUUGUCGAUUUUUACGCUUGUUAGAGUUAGCUUCCAAUUCAACACCAAAACAAAACAAAAAAAACUACCAAUAUUCUUCUUCUUAUUAUUAUUAAUUAAUAAUAUAAUAAUAUUUCCUUUUUUUCUUUCUAAAUUUUAUUCUAUAUACGUAAUAAGAAAGAAUACUUGCUCAUUCUGUUUCGCUGUAACAUAUUUAGCUGUUGUUUCAACCUUAGAACCACAUUUCUGAUGUAUUGUUCGCUAUGGGGAUGAGGUGCAAAUGAAUUCAUAGGAGGUUUACUCAUGCUAGCUUCAAACACGCUUAAUUGUUGAGUUAUGAUGAAAUGCGAGGCAUUACUGCUGAUACAAUCGCACUUGGAAGAGAUAAUUCACUCGAUCAAGAUAAUGGUAAUGGUAAUAAAUAACUAACUUUCAUAACGAGAAAUCCAAGAGAGUGAUCCAUCAUGUUGUAUAUUUUGAAAAAUAAAAAUAAAAACUAUUGUCAAUAAUUUUGAUUAUUAGUAUUUGAAUUAGUUAGUAAAACAUUGGUUAGUUUAGUUUCUAGUUGAGUUGGUGGUUGAAUUUUCUAGUUGUUGGGUUGAGUUUUAUAGAAUGCACUGCAGACCCCUGUUCUGUCUUUUGUUGUAAUGAAUAUAUGGGAAAUUGUGGACAAUAAUGUAAGUUGCUGAUUGUUCUUGUACAAGGAAAAAUAUGCCUUGUUUUAUUUUA